AUGUUUCGGCAGGUCUCAGUCGCCACCCUCGUCAGGCCGCUUUUGUUUCUGGCAGUUCUCUUUGUCGCCAUGGUCCUUUAUCUUUCAGAACGGCAAAACGCGAUCGAUCGACAAGUAGACUCCAUUAUCAAAAGCGUUGAGGCGAUGCAGGAAUCGCAGCAGCGACUCUUAGACGAGCAACUUCAGCUUUCGCUCGACACUAACAAGACGGGACUCUCUAUCUCAAGUCACGAUAAUCAGAUUGACGUCCUCGAGCAAUACACAAAGAAAUACAACUUGCUGUUUUUCGGCCUCGCAGAAGAAGGACCAGAAGAAGAUCCUGAAAAAUUAGUUCGCCAGCUUCUUGUUUCAAAAAUGGAAAUCGACUUGAAAGACAAAGACAUCGAAUACUGCGAGCGGCACGAUGACGGAAAAUCGAAUCCGAAACCCAUUCUCGUCAAAUUCCAGCGCUGGAAAGACAAAACAAGAAUUUUCUACAAACGAAAAGUGCUUCCUGCCCAGUUCGAGAUCAGAGAAGAUCUCACGCUCAAGCAAAUCCACGAUAAUGCGAAACUAGAAGCUUACGCAAAACUGGCGCAGAAAGAGAACAAAACGAUCAAGUGGAACGGCAAGACGCUCUUCGUCAACGGGAAAGAAGUCCGGGCGUCCGAUGUGCCGAAUAGUAUUCUGGAAAAAUAA